AUGACGACAACAGCAUUACAAUUAAAUAAUAAUUAUAUGAAUGUUCAACGGCAAUAUCAACCUCGUCGAAAUUAUAAUCAACAACAAAAUAGAACAAGGUCAGUAACACUUUUUUCAAAUAAUAUUAAUAGUACUCAGCCAUUCUCAGUUACAUCAGAUAGAGUAGUAGAACAAGUAAAUAGAAAUAAUAGAACACAUCCUAAUUUUCCAUCGAGAUCUUUAAUUAAAUAUUAUCCACAUAAGUUAAGGACUAAAGAACAAUUUCUUAGAGAUAAUGAACCACCAAAAGAAUUAGAAAAAGAAAAAGAUAAGAUAUUUUUAAUAGCAAAUAUUUAUUACCAACAGAGACAUUUUGAAGAAGAAAGUAAAAAAUGGAAAAUAUACGAACAGGUAGCUAGUAGUAAAGAACAAGAUUUAGAUAAGGACGGAGAUGAUAUAAGAAUGAGAGAUAUUGAAGAAAUUCCACAAGCAAGACCUUUUUCAGAAAGAUACUCAAAAAUAUUAAAUAUGACAGUUAGUGAUACAGAUAGUCAGAGUAAUGAAGAUAGUAAUAUAGAAGAUAAGGAUAAGGAUAAGGAUAAGGAUAAAAAAGAUAAGGAUAAGAACAAGGAUAAGGAUAAGAAUAAGGAUAAGGAUAAGGAUAAGAAUAAGGAUAAGAGUAAGGAAGAGUCUAGUGAUAGUAACAUCAAUAGUACAUCAGAUAGUGAGAAUAGUAAUAGUGAAGAAGAAGAAGAAGAAGAAGAAAAUAAGAAAAGAAAAUUACAAGAUACGAGUCUUUCACCAUCAUCCAAGAGAAAAACAUCAGAAAAAGAUAAUAUUUUAAGAAAGAAGAAAACGAAAUCAAAAAAGAAAAAGAAAAUUUCAAUUGAGAACGACCCACGAGCACCAGAAGGAAGUCCUAUUUUAUUAAUUAAUGAGAAUAGUAAUAAAGAACAAAUAGAUCAGAUACCUAAGAAGACAAGAGCAGAUACACCUGUAGAUAAAAAAGAAAAGCAUCGUCCAUGGAAUGCGCAUGUGCAUAUAAGAAAACCACAAAGAAUUAGAAUUCAACGAGAGGAAAUAUUUGAUGGACAAAUUCAAGAUUCAUCCACUGAGCUUCCGAAAACACCACCAGGUUUAAAUGAUCCACCACCAAUCAGUCCACGACAGAGCACACCGAAAACACCUAUUCCACCACCUCAGCCAUUAGUUUAUAGUCCCAAUCCUAUAACAUCAAAUACUAAAAAUGAAAAAGAAAAAGAUAAAGAAAAUAAUAAUAGUAAUUCGCCUAUUGUAGUACCUCGAAUAAGAUCAACAAUUGAGAUAGAAGAACAAGACCAUCAAAUGGAACAAGAUAGUAUCCCCCAUUCACCAUCAGUUAUUCCAAAAGAUUCUGAAAUUAAUAGAAUAAAUUUAUUUGACUUUCCAGUAAUUCCGAUAGAAUGUAAAUUUCAUUUUGAGAUCUUUCAUUUAAGAGCAAGCAUAGAAAAUAUUAAAUUACAUAGAGAAUAUUUAGAAAAGAAAUCGAAACAACAAGAAAAAGAAUUAGAAGAAAUUAUGAAACAGUUUGAAGGAGAUACACAUAGAAAAAUAGUACAAUUUGUUAAGAAUAGUAUAGAUCCAUUAAUAGAUAGUUUAAAAAUUUCGAAUCAGAAACGUUUAGAUAACCUUAUAUUAGACCAGAUGAAAGAGAAAGCUUUAAGAACAAUAAGAGAGAAGAGUAAUAAGGAUAGUUUAAGAUUAAUAGAACGAGCACAAGAAAGAUUUGAAAGAACAUUAGAAUUAAAGUUUCAGUUAGAUAAGUUAGAUCGUAGAUUUAAUGAGAACAUGCCCCCACCAGCUUUGAAUGUUAUGGAUAAAUUACAGUUCCGUAGUAAAGAGUUAAGUAAUGAGGUUAAAGAACAGUAUAGUGAGCAAUGGAAUAAUAUUUUGAGAAAGACUAAGUUAGACUUAACAUCAGUAAUGAGAAUAGCAAAAGUUAGUGAGAUAGAUAAGAGUGAGAAAGAACAUGUAGAGUUAGUAGAGAAGAUACCCGUAGAAAUAAGGCAAGCAUAUAGAGAUUUAGUACACGUAAUAGAAAUUAGAAAUAAUAGAAAAGUACAAAAGAAAUUAGAUUUUUUAGAGAAAAGGGAAUAAGAAUAAUAGGAAAAUAGCUAGAGCAAUAGAAAGGAAUAGUAAAGUUAAGAAUUUACACUCACAUUAUACCCCACUAGGAUUUCCCCCUCAAGUUAAUAAUAAAGUAUUAGAUUUAGGAGAAGAAGAGAGAAGAAUUUUAAAUUAUGGACCUAAAUUCGUACCUGAGAAUCCAAAACAGGCCUUAGAUAGAUUAGAAGAAGAGAUUAGAGUAAUGAAAGAUAAGGUAGCCGAAGCUUGGAGAAGAGAAACUAGAACAAUAGGUAGAAAUCCGGAAAAAGUAGAAGAAUUUGCGCAGAGAUUAGAAGAAGAAUUAAGGAAUAAGAUAAGUGAAGGAAGAGUACAAGACCCAUUAAUUGAGAAAACCUUAGAACAUUUUCAAAAGGAACAAAAAAAGGGUAAGGUUAUUUUCAGACAAACAGAUAAAUCCAAAGUAUUCCAUGUAGAUAGGCCUGAGACAUAUAUAGAGAAGUCGAUAGCUUAUAUGAGAAAGACAGACGCCUACCAAGAGAUAGAAGAAUCCCCAUUAGUUAGUAUGAUAGAAAAAACAGAAGAGUUAUUAAGAAAUUUAGUUAAUAGAAAAUUAUUACCCGGGAAAUAUUUUGAAAAAUUGAAACCAGACCCCAAAGAUGCCGAGUUACCCCAUCUUUAUUAUAAUCCAAAAGAUCAUAAGGUAGGAGAACCACUUAGACCAAUUGUUUCGGGGAUGAAAUCACCAACACAAAAAAUCUCGGCUUUUCUAGAUCAAAUUAUUCGUCCCAUUUUUGAUAAAUUAACCCCAUAUAGUUUGAGAAAUAGUAUAGAAUUUUUAAAGGAAUUAAAAAAUCAUAAGACUACAAACCAGACUCUUGUAUAUACAUUCGAUAUAACGGAUUUAUACACAAUGAUACCCCAACAAGAAUCGAUCUUAGCCAUUUGUGAGAUGUUAGGUGAGAAUAGAAUAAAUAAGGUUAAUGGAGAGAUACCCAUCAAUACGAUAAGGACCCUCUUUAGACAUGUUUUAGAAAAUGCGUAUUUUGCCCUUCAGUUACCCGGUGAGAAAGUUAAGUACUAUAAGCAAGUUAGAGGAGGACCCAUGGGAUCAGAGUGUACUCAAGUCUUAGCAGAUGUUUAUAUGAGAAAGUGGGAAAAACAGUUUAAGGUAGAUCAGGAUAAGGAAGGAGAGUUAUAUUUUAGAUUUAGAGAUGAUAUUUUUAUUACUAGUAAGAAGAGUAAGGAUGAGAUAGAUAGGAUAUUAACUGAAUUAGGUAAGAAAGAUAAGAAUAUAGGAUUAACUUUUGAGACAGGCUCACAUGUAGAUUAUUUAGAUGUAAGAGUAGAAGUAGAAAUUCCCAACUUUAGAACUAAGGUUUAUAGAAAGUUAGCGGCACAACCUUAUAUCCUACCGUUUAACUCAGCACACCCUCCUCAUGUAAUGAAGAAUAUUCCCUUCUCAGCACUUUUACGAGCAGUAAGAAUAUGUUCCCAUAGAGAAGAUUUAGAAGAAGAGAUUGAGAAAGUUAGAAUAACCCUACUUUUGAAUAAAUACCCGCCUAAAUUUAUAGACAAACAUUUUCAGAGAUUUUUUGAGACAUUAACUGAAAAAAAGGAUAAAAAUUUACUUCUUAGCGAGAGACAUAAUGAAUAUAGAAAAAAAGUCUUAGAUGAAGGAUGGAAUAAAAAAGAGAAACCCGGGAUAAACUUAAGUAGAGAUAUUAUGGUCCACUUCACGUAUACCCCCAGUUUAGCACGUUUCGGGUCAAAGUUUCAUCAAAUUUGGCAAGAGAUCUUUGAAGAAACCCCACUUAGCGAUAUCCCAAUUAUUUUUGCGCAUAGAUUAACGGAUAAUUUAAAAAAGAUACUAGUUCAUAAGAAACCACCUAAGACAGCAGUUAAGGCACUAGUAGAAGAGUUAGAACGAGAAUAGAAUAAGUUAAUAGAUGUCCCCUUCCCUCUUUUUUGUUUUCUAUUUUUAGUAUCGUCGAUAAGAUCGAUGAGAACAACGAAGGACCUGGCCGAUAUUGUUUUUAGUUCUUCGUUCUGUUUUUUGUUUUUUAUUAAGUUAUUUGUAAUACUUAUAUAUUUUUGUAUGUGUAAUAUUUUUUGUGAUAGGGUUGAGAAGGCUGCUCCUCUGAGAUAGGGUUGAGUGGCCAGUUGAGUAAGUUUUUUCUAAUCUUUUGAGUAUAGAAUGUUAGUUUUGAGUCGUUGAGUAUUUUAUUAUUCUUUACUUGAGCAACUCGCUUUUCCCGCACCCACACCAUUGAGAUUGAGCUGUGAGAGAUAUAGUCAGAAUAGUACGACAUCUAUGAGAGUAAUGACCCCUAUAUGAGAAUAGUGACCCCCAUAGAACAAAGGAAUUUUUCUUAUUGGACGAGUAUAGAGAACAAUAGACGAGAGCAAGGAGAGGAAAAGAAGGAAAGAAUAGAUAGUCAUUCAUAGCCUGAAGAAAUUCGAAACGCGUCGCUUCUUAUUGUCAAAGUUAUUUAUUGUUAUUCAAUAAAAUUCAAUAAAAUUACAUUAAAAUUAUAUAAAAAAUUAUAAAUUAAAUUAAAUUUAUUAUUACAAAAAAAAGUUUGCUCUCAUUUCUCUAAAGAUAUAGCUUUUUUCAAACCAAAAAAGUUAAACAAAUUUCUUUUUUUCUUGACUCCUAAAACAAGUUGUUUAUUUUCUAUCCUAAAAAUAUUUAUUUCAUUCAAUUUUUCUCAUAUAAAAACUAUUUAUUUCAUUCAUUCAUUUUUUCUCAUAUAAAAUUACUUAUUUCAUUCAUUUUCUUACAUAAAAUUAUUCAUAUCAUUUAUAUCUCCACAUAAAAUUAUUUAUUUCAUUUAUCUUUCAAUCUAAAACAUUUAUUUCCUUACAUAAAACGAUUUAUUUCAU